AUGAGGUCGAAAUUCAAGGAUGAGCACCCCUUUGAGAAGCGCAAAGCUGAAGCUGAGCGCAUCCGGCAGAAGUAUCCGGAUAGGAUUCCUGUGAUCUGCGAGAAGGCAGAUCGCACGGACAUCCCCACAAUUGACAAGAAGAAGUAUUUGGUGCCUUCUGAUCUGACUGUGGGCCAGUUCGUGUAUGUCAUUCGGAAACGAAUCAAGCUCGCGCCAGAGAAGGCGAUCUUCAUUUUCGUCGACGAGGUUCUUCCACCUACGGCGGCUCUUAUGAGCGCUAUCUAUGAGGAGCAUAAGGACGAGGACAACUUCCUGUAUGUGAGCUACUCGGGUGAGAAUACCUUCGGACAGCAAGGUUGGGUCGAACUGCCACUGGACGCCUAA